AAAAUGGCCGCUCUACCGAAAUGUGUGUGACACACGGUGACACUUGAACGAGUGUUAUGUUUGUGUCGUCAAUAUUUAUUGAAGUUUUUUCAGUGCAAAUGCAAUUAUUAAGAAAGUGACAGUGUUCGUCUAUAGUUGAUCAUUGAAUUUAAGGAUUAAAAAACAUUCUCAUUGUGUCGUCAGGGAGUAAUCGAUUCAUGAAGGAUGAGCGGUAAAUUUGUUAUGUAGAUGAUUAUUGCCUAUCCUGGCGUCAGCAGUAAUGCCAACGUAUCACAAUGCGGGCGGUGUCUACCCAAAUUUAUCAGCACCAGCCCGUCAAGCAAAACUCGACAGCAACCAAAAUCAUCAUCACACAAUUCCAUCGACCAUAACCAAUCUUUCCUUGCUCCAUAACACAACACAACAUUCAAAUUCUUCCAAUCUCACUGCUUCCAAUAUUUCGUCCCAUCCAGUGUCCCCAAUCAUGACUACACAUUCAAAUAUUACAUCGCAAAAUGUUACCUCUCACAUUAAUGCUCUUCCCACUCCAGUCAUUAUCACUUCAAAUUCAACAAAUAGCGGCAAUACUAAUGUACUGCCAACGAAUCCUAGGCAUGAAGUAAAGCUCAAUGCAAUGCCAUGGUUUCAUGGUAAAAUUUCGAGGGAAACAGCGGAAAGAUUGUUGCGACCUCGUGAAGAUGGCCUAUUUCUAGUUCGUGAGUCGACGAACUUUCCUGGCGAUUAUACGCUUUGUGUGUGCUAUCAAGGACGUGUUCAACAUUAUCGGGUGAAAUAUAAAAAUAAUCAAUUAACAAUAGACGACGAGGAGUUCUUUGAGAAUUUGGCGCUCCUCGUCGAGCACUAUGAGCAAGAUGCCGACGGUUUGUGUACACAAUUAACGAAAUCAUUGCCAAAACAAGGUAAACAAGAUUUUUGCGUUGAUCCAAAGGCAUUUAUCGAAGCUGGCUGGGUAAUACAAACGCAUGAAUUGGAAUUACGCGAGUGCAUUGGAAAAGGUGAAUUUGGCGAUGUUUUACUUGGUGUUUAUCGUGGGGAAAGAGUUGCUGUUAAAAUGUUAAAGGACAAUAGCGAAGCGGCGCAAAGAUUUUUAGCCGAGGCGAGUUUAAUGACAUCAUUGAUACAUGAUAAUUUAGUGAAGCUCCUUGGUCUUGUUUUUAAUAAUCCACAUAUGUACCUGGUCACCGAAUAUAUGAGUAAUGGAUCGCUCGUUGAUUAUCUAAGAUCCCGAGGAAGGUUACAUGUCUCCAAGAAAGAUCAAAUUAAUUUUGCAUUCGAUACUUGUGCUGGAAUGGCAUACUUGGAAUCUAGACAUGUUGUUCAUCGAGAUUUAGCCGCGAGAAAUGUCCUCGUUGCGGAAGAUGGAACAGCAAAAGUCUCGGACUUUGGUUUAGCGCGGGAUGAAAACUUUUCACUUGAUGGUGGAAAGUUGCCUAUAAAAUGGACCGCACCCGAGGCAUUAAAACACAACAAAUUUUCUAAUAAGUCUGACAUGUGGAGUUUUGGAAUUUUACUUUGGGAAAUUUAUUCUUUUGGUCGAGUGCCCUAUCCGAGAAUACCCUUGGCAGACGUUGUUAAAAGUGUAGAAGAGGGUCACAUAAUGGAACCACCUGAUGGAUGUCCGCCAGAAGUUUAUGAGAUAAUGCGACAGGCUUGGGACUUGCAACCAGAGAAGAGACCAACUUUUCACGAUGUUAAAGUGAAACUUGGACAGUUAAAAAUGGAGACGUAUUGCUGAAAAUAAAGGAAAGCCAUUACAGAAUGAGAUGAAGAAAAGAUGGAACUUGCUAGUGCAGAAUGCAACUUUUAUAAUCAGGGAAAUUUCGGUAGUAGUUUCGAAUAAUAAUUCAGUUUUAAAGUUGAAUUAUCUUUCGAAUGUAUAUUGUAUAGAUGUAGUAGAUAUUACGCGAUGCUUGUAUUUAUUGUUGUUUUUGUGUGAUACGCGAGAACGACUGAAGGUUUGAGGUAUUUUUUUUUAUAAAUUUUUUUCUCUUUUUUUUGUAACGAAAAAAUAUUUUUUCAAAAAGAACGUUACCUAUUUCAAGCGUGCCUUCUAUUCAAGUCGAUAUUCUUCAAAAGACGAUCAACUUGCAAAGUUUGUCAAUAGACUAAAUAAUUAUCUAGAAAUCCCAAUGCUUUAUCAUUAAAAAUUCUUUAAACUAAUUGCAAUUGCUUGCUUUUUUCGAUUUAUGUAUCUAAAUGAAUACAUAGACAACCAAGUUGUAAAGAAGUUUGUUAUGCAAUUAUCAUAAUAAUUAUUAUUCAUUUUAUUAAUUUACUCGACAGAUAGCAAAUCUUUUUAUUGUACAUUAUUUUCUUAAUUUUGAAAGUCAAAAGCUAAAAACAAUAUGAAGCGACUUAAACUAAAUUUUUUUAUCAGUAAAAUUUAAUAAAAUUAAGUUCGAAAAGUAUAAUUUUCUUUAAAGAUUUUCGAAAAUUCAAUUUUGUUAAAUUUUAUAUUUCCAGAUGUAUAAUUGGAUAUGUAAAUUAAUGUGAAAUGAAAAUGGUGUUUAUUACAUCAGCUUUUAAGAAUGAUUUAAAGAGAAGCAAUCCUUCGCUCAAAAACUGAGUAUUAAUGAAAUUUUUAAUAGUCAUUUAAGCUUUUAUUUUUCUUCUAAUCAAAGAUUCUAUUUUAACAUAUUAUUAUACAUUAAUUCUUACUAAAUUAUUGUAAUUAUCGGAGAAAUAAUGAGAAUUUUAAAUUGUCUUGUAUGCAAAAAACUUGUAGAUUACUUUAUUAACGAAACUUGAAUUUAAAAGAAUAUGAAAAUUUAAAAAUCAACUAUUAAAAAAUACUGUUAAAAAUUUAAUUUUUACACUACGAUGAACAUGAAUUAUUAAUUGAUAAUGUUUAAUUAAUAAUUAUUUGCUAAAUAAUUAAUAAAAAUAUGAUUCAAGUUUCGUUCGUUAACUAACAAUACAACUCAAUCUUCACAGUGUAAAUUUAAUUGUAAAUAUCUUGUAAAUAUUUAUUUAGUGAGAGAAAGAGAUUGUAUGUUUUUGUGAGAUGAAAUGAAAAUAAAGUGAAAUUAUGUAAAACGAUUAAUAUCGAUUAAGAUAUUAAAUGAAACUGUCCAUAUUUCUGUUUUAAGAUUUGGAUGAAAAUUGUCCAUUAAUAUGAAAUGUAUACGCACUUAAUAUAAAUGUCGAAUCGUUAAUACAUGCACCUUUUUUAGUGUAUGCGAAUUAUAUAUAUAAAAGGAAAAAAUUUGUGCGAAACUUUGGAAAAGAGAGAGAGAGAGAGAGAAAGAGAGAGAGUAUUUUUUUUAUUUUAGGAAAAUGUGGCGCAUAAUUUAUAGAUCAACAUUGUACCUAACAAUUCUAGUAGAUUCCUAGUAAUCGAGACUUCAAGAUAAAAAUACCAUCCAGUUAUUGCUGAGGUUAAAAUAAUUGAAGAUAAUUUUCUUGACACUUUAUUAAAAAAAAGAACGAUAUCUUUACGUAGUGCACAAAACAGAACUGAAUUAUAUUGGCAGCUAAUUUGCCAAUUCGAAAGGCAAAUAGUGGAAAAAAAGAGAAUCAAGGGAUUCAGGAUCGUCGAAGUUCACAAUUAAUAAAUAAAAAUGUCCUAAACAAUUCCAGGAAUAUAUUAUAUGAGAAAUUAUUAUUGCGAUUUCAAAGAAAGCAAUUCACAAGCGUACAUUAAAGCCCAUCCAAGCUCUUUUAUUGAAAAAGAACCAAAUCAGCAAAUUUUUUUUAAAGGUUUCGAAUUUAUUUUACAAAUAAAUAUUAAAUAACAAUUUAAAAAAUACUUAAAAAUCAGUUUAAUCAUGUUACAAAUAUUAAAAACGUUAUUAUCUAAUCUCAUAUGAGUUUGGAUGUAUUUUUUACAUGUACUUGUGACGAUGCAUUUCUAAAUUGAAGUAUGUACUAUUUAAAUUAUAAUCUUCUAAAAAGCAGCAAAAUAAAGAAUGCAAAAAUUUAUUCACACUUUCGAUGAAAUACUCAUUUUCAAUAAAAAAAAAUUUUAAACAAUCUAUUACAAUGAGAAAAACAAUAAUUGUAUAUAAUUUAUAAUUUUUACCUCUUGUGAAAUUCAACUUGAUUCUAAAAGUGAUAUAGAACAUUAUAAAAACAUCUAUAAAUAAAAGAGUCUCUAAACUAAA